CGGUGAAUCAAAUGUUGGCACAAUAUAUUUUAGAAACCGUUCAAUAUAUGAUUGCCCUGGCGUUAGACACUCUGGUCCUGCUGAUAUGGAUUACACAAAAGGAGAGGGUCAUCAUAGGGUAGAUAUAUCUCUAAAAUCAGUUCCUCGACACAUUGAUAAAAUUGUGUUCACUUUGAGUGCCUGGCGUUCAUCUAGUGUCUCGGCAUAUCGCUUCCGCAGACUUCGUUUCUAUGAUGUUGAUUUUCCUGAUCAGGAACUUUGUAGCGACGAUAUAAGCGGUCUUGUGCACAAUGAAUCGAUCAUAAUGUGUUGCCUGCCAAGAAAACAAG